UCUUGACUGCCCUAAACAAAAACAGAUUCCUCCGACCACCAUCAAACGCCGGCGCAAUUACCUCUUUCAAUCGAUCGACAGGACAGUCGCUGUCUGUCUGUUUGCUUCGUUGUUACUGAUUCCUCGUCAGUCUCCAGAAUCCAACCCCCCCUGUUCCGGCUGAAGACCGAUCGGUUGGUGGUGUAGCAGGAGGAGGGUUCUUUGGAGAAUUUAGAUUAAAAGAUUGAAUCGACCCAAAAAAGAUUAUUUGAAAUUGCAUUAGAGACGAUUAUGAGUGCAGGUGGAGCAUUUGGGGGGAACAGGGGAAUGAGGCCAAUGCCACCAGAGAAAGGAGUUUUCCCUUUAGACCACUUGCACCUAUGUGAUCUGGAUAAGAAAGAAUAUCUCAACUGCCUCAAAUCCUCUGGAAAUAAAUCCGAGAAAUGCAGACAAAUGUCAAAGAAAUACCUAGAAUGUCGAAUGGCCAAGAAUUUGAUGGCGAAGCAAGACAUGUCAGAACUUGGUUUUCGGAAAGAACAGGAGGAGGAAAUAGUAGCAGCAGAGAAUAAUCAUUAGAUAUAAACAAAUGGGGUGCUGUUUUUUCCCUUUUAAUUUGGACAUAUUUUACUCAUAUGAUCAUGCUUGUUUACAUAUAUAUACAUCUGACCUAUUAAACAACUUCGUGUUCAAAAUCCCAAAUAUAGGUCAGUGGUGGCAGUACAAUCUGCUUCAUUACACACACACAUUAUUAGUAGAAAUAGAUAACUGGUUUUGAUUCCAAAUCAACUUUGUUGAUUCUUAAAAUAGUAAUUGAUUCAUUUCCAAAGCAAAUUAAAGUAUGUUUUUUCUUGUAUGUUUGUAUACACACUGAACCCAUUUGAAAACACUUGCAUAUUUUUAAAUGUGUUGCACUGAAAUCGUUUUA